UCUCUGUGAAGCGCGCACGUUGAGCUGCCUUCGCCGGGGCUGCCUUCUGAUCAUGUCUUCCAAGAAGAACAGAAAGCGGUUGAGCCACGGCUCGGACAGUGCUUCGCCCUUGCUGGCUGCUGCUUCCUCUCGUGCGGCAGCUCAGACUUCUGCUGGGUCAGACAUCGCGGCGGCAGCCGGGACUUUGGUGGUGACCAACUUCCUAGAAAAGGAUGACAAAAUUCCUAAAGCAUUCCAGAAUUCCCUUGUUCAUCUUGGACUCAACACUAUGAAGUCUGCAAAUAUAUGUAUAGGUCGACCCGUAUUGCUCACCAGUUUGGAUGGAAAACAAGAGGUCUAUACAGCCUGGCCUGUGGCAGGAUUUCCUGGAGGCAAAGUUGGCCUGAGUGAAGUGGCUCAGAAGAACGUGGGUGUGAGGGUUGGCGAUGCCAUCUGGGUCCAGCCUCUGGUGGGUGCUGUGCUACAGGCUGAAGAAAUGGACGUGGCACUGAGUGACAAAGAUAUGGACAUUAAUCAGGAAGAACUGACUGGUUGUAUUCUGAGAAAACUAGAUGGCAAGAUUAUUUUACCAGGCAACUUUCUGUAUUGUACAUUUUAUGGACGACCAUGCAAGCUGCAAGUGUUGAAAGUGAAAGGGGCAGAUGGCAUGAUGUUGAGAAGGUCUCAGAAUGACUCUGAUGUGGAUGCCCAGGGAAUGGCCUCUGAACCGUCCAGCAUGGAAGCCAGUAGUCUGGAUUUAUCCUUACAGCUAAGCCACUUAGAUCUAGAAGAGCCGCAGAUUCCAGCAUCAAGAAGUACUCCUUGUAAACCAAUAGAUGAGAGAAUUCUAAAUAAAGUUGGUGACAUUUCAUCGGAUGUUACACAGAGCCCUGGGAACAGCAGUGGACUUGGACUAGAGGAAGGUGCAUGUGUUAAAUGUAGCUUUGAGUCUUCUAGAGAAGGAAACAAGCAACUUACCAAUGAAGAGAGACUGCUAAAAUCCACCAAUGUGGGAGCAAAGCGUAAUACAGAUGCUUUUUAUUAUAUUUCUUCAACAACAAGAGUCAAUUUUACAAAGAUUUGUAGAAACUCAAAAGAGCAAGACGAUCAAUUCAGAGUAACUUACGACAUGAUAGGAGGCUUAAACAGUCAGCUGAAAGUAAUUAGAGAAAUGAUUGAAUUGCCUCUCAAACAGCCCAGACUUUUCAAGAGUUAUGGAAUUCCUUCCCCUAGAGGAGUGUUACUCUAUGGCCCUCCAGGUACUGGAAAGACGAUGAUUGCCAGGGCUAUUGCAAAUGAAGUUGGAGCCUAUGUAUCUGUAAUUAAUGGUCCUGAAAUUGUAAGCAAAUUCUAUGGAGAGACUGAAGCAAGGUUACGUCAGCUAUUUGCUAAAGCUACUCUACGGCACCCAUCGAUUAUUUUUAUUGAUGAGCUGGAUGCACUUUGCCCUAAAAGAGAAGGGGCUCAGAAUGAAGUAGAAAAAAGAGUUGUAGCUUCACUCUUAACACUGAUGGAUGGCAUUGGUUCAGAAGGAAGUGAAGGACAAGUGUUGGUCCUUGGGGCCACAAAUCGCCCUCAUGCUUUGGAUGCUGCACUCCGUAGACCUGGACGAUUUGAUAAAGAGAUUGAGAUUGGCAUUCCGAACGCUCAGGACCGGCUAGAUAUUCUCCAGAAACUGCUUCGAAGGGUACCCCAUUUGCUCACUGAAGCUGAGCUGCUACAGCUGGCAAAUAGUGCACAUGGAUAUGUUGGAGCAGACUUGAAAGCCUUGUGUAAUGAAGCAGGUCUCUGUGCCUUGCGGAGAGUCCUGAGGAAACAGCCUAACCUUCCAGAUAGCAAAGUUGCUGGCGUGGUGAAGAUCACUCUGAAUGAUUUCUUGCAGGGAAUGAAUGCCAUCAGGCCCAGUGCCAUGAGGGAGGUAGCAAUUGAUGUCCCAAAUGUAUCCUGGUCAGAUAUAGGAGGACUGGAAAAUGUCAAACUGAAAUUGAAACAGGCUAUUGAAUGGCCCUUGAAACAUCCGGAGUCUUUCAUCCGAAUGGGUAUUCAGCCACCUAAAGGAGUUCUUCUUUAUGGGCCACCUGGAUGCUCUAAGACAAUGAUAGCAAAGGCUUUGGCCAAUGAGAGCGGACUGAAUUUUCUAGCUAUAAAGGGGCCUGAGUUAAUGAAUAAAUAUGUUGGCGAAUCUGAAAGAGCAGUUAGAGAGAUCUUCCGAAAAGCAAGAGCAGUGGCUCCUUCCAUUAUUUUCUUUGAUGAACUUGAUGCCUUAGCAGUUGAAAGGGGCAGUUCUUCAGGUGCUGGGAAUGUAGCCGACCGUGUCUUGGCUCAGCUCUUAACAGAAAUGGAUGGGAUUGAACAGCUGAAGGAUGUGACAAUUUUGGCAGCUACCAACCGCCCAGACAGGAUAGACAAGGCUUUGAUGCGGCCUGGAAGAAUUGAUAGAAUUAUCUAUGUGCCUUUACCAGAUGCAGCAACAAGAAGGGAAAUAUUUAAUCUGCAGUUUCACUCUAUGCCUAUCAGUGAUGAUGUUGACUUGAAUGAACUGAUCCUCCAAACUGAUACAUACUCAGGAGCUGAGAUUAUAGCUGUGUGUAGAGAGGCAGCUCUUCUGGCUCUAGAAGAAGACAUUCAAGCCAACUGCAUUAGGAAAAGGCAUUUUACUCAAGCCUUGAGCGCUGUAACACCUAGAAUUCCUGAGUCAUUGAGAUGUUUUUAUGAAGAUUAUCAAGAGAAGAGUGGGCUACAUACACUCUAAGAAUAUGUACAUGUUCAUUAUGUGAAAAAUGCUUUCUGGAGAAAAUUCUAUUUUAAAUUUUUUGUCUGGAGAAUGCUUAAAAAAAAAAUCCAGUAGGCAAAAUAUCUGAAAUACGUUCACUGGAAUUGAGGGGCUUCAGUUCUUAUAGAUAUUUUGAAUUAUAUGUAUACAUGGUUCAAACUCAGGACAUGAGUUUGAAUCCAUUUUAUCUGAAAAUGUGUGGUGAGUUUUAAAAAGCAAAUAUUUAGCUUUUUCAAUUUUGACCCAGUCUCUUCAUCCCAUGAAAUGAUUUUGUUACUCCAGAAUCUGUUUCAGUGUCUUCCUAAAUGCCAAACUUGUGGGCAUCAAUUUUAUAUAAGAACAUAGAACAUGUAUAUGGAUAAAUGCAUGAUAAAAAAUACUUACAAUUUCAUUUUUGAAGGCCAGCCAAUGUAAUGGCCAAAUGUACCAGCCAGGCUUAUGUGGCCUUAUUUCCAAAUAUGUACAUACAUGUUUUCAUCAUAGUUCACACCUACAUUUUCGCUUUAGCUUUCUUAACCUCUACCUAUGGCAAAAAAUUUUAAAAGUUAAGAUUUAAGUGUAAACCCAGUCUAAGCCUAGAGCAGUAGGCAUGGUUCUUUUCCAUAAAGUGCUAUUAAGAUAUCAUACGAAGAGUUCAUGUUUUAACUUGUACAUAUUUUCAGGUUACCAGUAAACUUUUCGGUUCAAAGAUAAACCAAAUUAUACUCUUAAUCAUAUCAUCUUAUGUUGCAUUCUAAAUAUGUGUAUUUAUACUCCUAAUUAUUUUAUCUUAGGAUUUCUUGACACUUCAAUAUUCUAUAAAUACCCUUGAAAAAGCUUUUGGAACGUGAUUCUCUGACUUUUAGAUCAGAAGCUGGCAAGGAAAAGAAUGUUCACUUAAACUUGGUCACUACAGAUCUUUGAAAAUUCCAAGAAUGACAAGUCAGACAAGAAAUACUAGAUAAUCAAAAUAACAGCUAUACAAUUUUGUGGUGGCAGAUAAUCUGGAGUCACAUUUCAACUCUUUCUUCCUGUGGCUAUCAGAAAUAAACCACCCAAGAUAUGAAGAAUAUUACUAUUUAGAACUACAUUGUCAAAUAUAAUAAUGACUAAAUACACAUGGCUAUUUAAAUUAUUUAAAAUUAAAUAAUAUAAAGCAGUUUAUCAGACAUGUUAGCCACAUUUCAAAUGCUUACUAUUUUGAUGUGACAAGGGUCUACCAUACCAGAAAGAAUAGAUUACAGAACAUGUCCAUCAUUCAGAAAGUUCUGUUGGACAUGAAGACUUACACAGCAAAAUAUAGAAUCUCAAAAUUACCUUUUUUGCUCUUCAUUUUUAAUUAAAAAAGAGGACCUUAACUUCUUCCCUAUUAAAUGCAAGGCUGAGGGCGCAAGAAAAUAGGAGAAAAACUGAUCCUCAAAGGCCUAAACAAGAACAUUUUUAAAAUUUCAUUCUCAACAAAAUGAAAACCAGAAGCAUAAGUUGAAAUUACACUGAUGCUAGGGGCUGAGGAGGUUAACAAUCUCAAUCAACAAGGAGUUCAGAUGUUAAUGGCCAAAGUCUUCAGCACAUAUGACAUAUAAAGUUAUAAUUGAACCUUGCACAUAAUGCCCAAAUCCUCAAUGACCAAUUCACUGUAAGAUAGACUAGAAAAGAACUGCUUUCACUGGCUAGGAAGACCACAAGGAAACUCUCUGACUUGUCCUGUCCUUUGGAUUUAAGAAAUAAAAAAGCGGCCCCACUGAGGUUUCUGACAGUGGGCUUACCUGUUCGGGUCAAGGUUUGCAUUCAGACAACCUUCAAAACCUAGAAGUUAACAUGAAAACGUGGCUCUGAUAAACAAACAUCCUUGGGGUGACUAGCAGUUAAACUAGUUAAAGGAAUAUCCUCAUCUCAGCCAGAGAGGAUUCCAACAGCUAACACCCAACCACGACAUUUAUUUAAAGUUUAAAGCAUAAAAAAUAAUACAUGUUGUUUAUGGGGACUUUAUAGUGAAAGACUACAUGAUGAGAAAGAAAAAUACCAAGUACUAGGGAGGAAUUUCCUCAUGGGAGACAAGUUGGGGUACUUCAGUGUUAUCAGUAAUGUUUCAUAUCUUUAGGUAAUGGAAAUAUGGAUGUGGAUUUAAUAAUAGCCUAUACAUUUUGUAUACCUAUGUAAUUCAUGAUAAUUUUUUAAAGGUGGGCCUUAAACCAACACAAUCAUAUUAUCAUUCAACCUGAAACUGUGGACUCCCAAUACAAUCUACACAGUGCCCACAAUCCCAUUUGUUUGGAAAAUCAAGAGGGUUUUGUAUGAUGGAAGAAAAUGCAAGACAUCAAGAGAUCAAGAUUUUAGGAAUCAGGAGGCAAGUUGAGAGAAAUUCGUUGAUACAAGUUAGUGUGUAGGUGAUACUCCUGUUACAUCGCAGCGGGGGAGAUAUUAAAUCUGGGAGUAAGACAUCUGUUUCCAUAGCACUAUGGUCCUGCAAAGGAGUUGGAAGUGAAUAAUUGAAAAAUAUUUUAGAGCACUACAUCUUUAAUCCAUCAUAAACCAAUUAUUUAUAACUCCAGAUAACCAAUUAUUACCCUCAGAAAGACAUGCUAUUCCUUUAUUUGAAGUUUGUACUCUUUUUGCAACAGUACCUAUGAAAAUCUGAAUCACAUGAAAGAGCAGGUCAGGUGUCACUAAUAUCAGUCUACUCCAGCUUCAUCUCCAGGACUUCUAAUUCCAAAGUUUCAUGUUGAUGGGUUUAAAAGAGUGUAUGAUCUUGUUUAGGGGGGGUUGCAUGUGAUAGAAUACAUGGUGUAUAGUUCAUGGAAAUUUUAAGUUCGGUGAAGAGAGAAAAUGACCAGCUUCCUGUCUUAGGAAGACAAUUUCCUUUUUGGCAUCUGUUUGCUCACAAGUUUGCCUUUGGCCCACAUUCUUUUGGAGUGUCAGGGAUAUUACAUUGACAUGUCUUUUCAGUGUUCCUAGAGAUUUUAAUUUGAGUGGUUUAGUUAAUUUUUGCUGGUAAUGAAACUUAAAAGAAUGGCUUCUGACUUUUUUUUUCCCCAUGGGCAAGAAACUGCCCCAACUUAGCUUGAAAAAUAUUUAGUUAUAUCUUAUUUCUAAUGUAUAAAACAAGUUUUACAAAUAAUGUAUAAGUGUUUUAUUUUUGAAAAAUUAUGAUUGAAUUUAUAGAAGAACCCAACGAGCCUAUGUUUAAUUUAUCUAAAUUAGGAGAAGGCUGCACAAAAGUUGUUGUAAAGAUAGAAUAAAACUAUUUCCCUGGUCUGUUGUUAAUAAAGUUCUUCAAUGUGA